AUGGGUCUUACUCUGUUUCAUACAAAUAUUCUCCAAGAUUCGAUGAUCCAAAAACGUCUUAUGGAAGCUUUAAUAGAAGUAAUUGACAACGAGCGGUGCGGUGAAAUUGUAGAUAAGACACUUGUGAAAGAUAUCUGUAAAAUGUUAAUAAGCGUGGGUAAUGAUAGUCGUCAUAUCUACGCCGAGUUUUUCGAAACACCAUUUCUACAGCAUUCCACUGAAUUUUAUCAACGAGAGAGUGAAAAAUUACUUGCCGAGAACAAUGCAUCUGAUUAUAUUCGUAAGGUAUUCGCACGUAUUCAUGAAGAAUCCGAGCGUGCCAUUUAUUGCUUUGAUAAAUCAACAGAAAAUCGUAUUGUUCAAGUGAUGGAAGAAGUAUUAAUUAGAAAUCAUGCGAAGAAAGUUGCAGAAAUGGAAAAUUCAGGUGUAGUUUAUAUGCUUAAAUCUAAGAAAUGGGAUGACUUGACUAUGAUGUAUAAAUUGUUCCAACGGGUUCUAGAUUGUCAUUUAAUAAUAGACGAUUGCGUUAAUGAGUAUAUUCAAGAACAAAGAAAAGGAUUAACUAGCGAAAAUAGAGACGAAGAAAUUAAUCAUAUUCGUUUUGUUCAAAAUUUAUUUGAAUUAAAAGACGUAUUCGAGAUCAUUUGUAAAAUUUUACUUGAUGAUAAUCAAUCAGUAGAACAACGAAUUAAAUUUAAUUUCAACAAUGACAGUAAUUUAAAUCAACAUCGUACUGAAUAUCUGCCGUUAGUAAUCGAAAAUAAAUUAAAAAAAGGUGUUAAAUCUCUUGAUAAUGAAGAACUUGUUGUACUUUUUAAAGCAAUGAUACUCCUAGAUUAUUUCAAAGAGAAAGAUUUUUUUGAACAAUACUAUCAAGAUUUCAAAGGAAUGUUGCAGAAAAUGAUGGACAAUAUAAAUGAAAACCAAUUCAUCAACAACUAUGUUCAAGUAAAUUUAUCAAUUGAUUAA